AGCAGAGCAGAUCUAGCAUGUCGGCUUCUGUGAAGGUUGUAGCGGCGGUCCAUGCACGCACGACUGCGUCUCCACGUUAGUACUAGUAGGUCACGUAGAGGUGAGCAUGUACCCUGUGCUGGUGCAUAGUCACGCCCAUCGGCAUCGGACCUAGACCGCCACUAGACAUGUUUGCAGCUGUGUGCCGAGUUGUCACUGCCACUGUCAGCGCAGGUGCUACAUAUUCGGUAACCCACUCGCACAAAGUCGCACCCGCCUGCAGUACUUUCGCCUGUCUGAGGCUGAAGUCACCAGAGCGACACUACAACAACUACUGUCAUAGUCGCAGGAUGUCUAGCGCCGAAGCCCCACAAGGAGUGGUAGUGGAGUUGGAUGAGGUUAAGCAGUACAUGGUAAGAUGCAUGACCAAAGUAGGCACAAAGCAAGCUCAUGCCGAGGCACUAGCUGACGUGCUGCUCGCUGCCGAUCACAGGGGACAUUACAGCCAUGGCUUAAAUCGAUUGGAUAUGUACGUACAUGAUAUUCGGUCAAAGAUUUGUCGUAGUGACAUCGAACCAUCUAUCAUAAAAGAAACGGCAGCAACUGCGUAUGUAAAUGGCAAUAAUGUCCUUGGUCCAGUGGUUGGAAAUUUCUGCACUGAUCUUGCCAUUAAAAAAGCAAAAGAAGCGGGCAUCGGAUGGGUUGUCGCAAAAGGAUCGAAUCACUUUGGUAUUGCUGGCUGGUAUAGCAUGCGAGCCUCAGACCAGGGCUUUUUGGGUAUGGCAUUCACAGACACCUCUCCCCUUGUAGUGCCAACGCGAGCGAGAAAGCCUGUCCUUGGAACAAACCCAAUCACUUUGGCUGCUCCAGCUGCAGAAGGAGACAGUUUCGUUUUGGACAUGGCCACAUCAACCUGUGCUGUUGGAAAGAUUGAGCUUCAGCACCGUAAGGGAUUGCCCAUUCCGAAUGGUUGGGGAGUGGACUCUGAAGGCAAAGAAGUGAACGACCCUGAAAAGGUUCUGGGCAGCAAAGGUGGCUUGUUGCCUCUAGGUGGCACUGAGAUCAGCAGUGGCUACAAGGGCUAUGGCCUAGGUAUGAUGGUGGAGGUGUUCUGUGGCAUUCUCGCCGGCUCUGCGUACGGGCCGAACAUUCGCAAGUGGAUGAACACGACUACUGAGGCUGACCUGGGCCAGUGCUUUGUCGCGAUUGAUCCGGAUGCUUUCGCACCAGGCUUCCCAGACAGAAUGUCUGACCUCAUGAAUAUAUGCAGGACAUCACAGCCAAUAGAGGGCGAGACUGAAGUUCUAGUCGCUGGAGACCCAGAGAGAAAGCACAUGGAGAAGUGCAAAAACCAAGGUGGUGUGGAUUACCAUCCAAACCAGAUUGCUCACAUGUAUGAGUUGGCUAAACAGUUAGAUGUGGCACCGAUGAACAUCAAGAACUAGAAAUUUCGUGAACAUGAAAAAGCAAUGGAAGAUAAUUGUAGUAGUAUCAUUGAAUAAAAUAAUGCUCAGCAUCCAUAGCAAUUGAAACAAAGUUAAAACUUGAAAUGAAAUCAUACGAAACUAAUCUAUAUAGCCAUGAGUUUUGGGGCUAUGUUUUUGUAUUCAUGCGUGAGUUCAUAGGUACAGAUGUUGUUGUUAUCAUCACUAGAUUGUUUCCACAUUUAUAUUGAUAGAGUUUAUACUUACUGUAAGACCCACAGUCUUUAAAUGUAGAGAGGUAUUUUGCUAUGUGUCCAAUUUUUAUCGUAGACAUUACCAUACUGAAAUCUUUAAAAGCGAAAUAGGAUUUAUGCAAUAAAUUCACUACCAGUAUUUUCUGCGAACAUGAUGAACAGCUUCAUUUUCAUCAAAAGGCUUAGGUUUGCACUUAUCUUUUUCUAAAAAAAAUACUCAGGUGACAGUUUGUUAUAGACUUUUUAAUCUUACACUUGUAGUAACAUAUAUCUAUUGAUCUAUAUUGGCAUUCUAUAUAAUGUACGUAUUGAAAUAGUACUACUGAAAUCGUGAUAUGAUGUUCAGAUACUGAAAAAAAUACCCGCAGACGAUGCUACCUAAACUGCCGACCUAGGUUUGUUUAGACUCGCAAGUAUGCAUUUUUCUAGUUACACACAUUAUAAGUAUUGUAAUUGUGCAUAAAUUAGUUGUAGUAGGAAUUUAUCUACAUAAUUACAAAUACCAUAAUAUCGUUAUAUCUGUUAUAUUAUAUUAUAUUAUUAUAUUUCAAUGGAUAAAUUCUUGGUUAUGUCUAUAAUCAUGUUUUGCAAAAAGUAACUGUGACAUUGGCUGCGCAUGAAAUGUCUAGAAUGCAAUCACUUUGAUUCUCUCGAUAAAAGGAAUUUUGUCUUGUCAUCUCCAUAUAGCAAUCAACCAACCCUUAUUAAAGCUGGUUGGUUCUGGAAGUCAACUAUAGCUAGGUGACUGUGUGAGCUACUAGCGUAAACAUGAAAAAGUUAGAUGUUAUGCCUAGUACAAUCGUAUCAGUUAAGAUAUUGAAGGUACCAAGUGCUACUGAAAAUGCCUAUAACAGUUAAAUCUACAAAAUUCAUGAAGUAGGCGCAUAAAUUAAUGUGUGUACUAUAGUAUACUAAGUCUGAAGAGACUAUUGAUCUUAUUGAGAAUAUUGUAUCAUAUUGAAAUUGAAAAUAAGUAGUUAUACUACAUCCUUAGUCAGUGUUUUUAUGGCAUUUUAUAUGUACCUGUAUUCAAUAUAGGGUAAUUGGUACUGCAUUUUAUUUGAUACAAUAUCACCUGCGUGGUUUAUUUGUAAAUCAUGCAUUGAUUGUCUAUUAAAUUACUGUUCAAAGUUAUUAGUGAA